GACUAUGACUCCUCAGCUGGCCCAGGCCCUGGGGAAAACACUAACCCCUCAGCAGGCCCAGGCCAUGGGGACCACUGUUACCCAUCAGCAGGACCAGGCUGUGGGGACCACUCUUACCCAUCAGCAGGACCAGGCCAUGGGGACCACUCUUACCCAUCAGCAGGACCAGGCUGUGGGGACCACUCUGACCCAUCAGAAAACCCAGGCCCUGGGGACCACUCUUAACCAUCUGCAGGCCCAGGCCGUGGGGACCACUCUGACCCAUCAGCAGGACCAGGGCAUGGGGACCACUCUCACCCCCCAGCAGGCACAAGCGGUGGGGACCACUCUUAACCAUCUGCAGGCCCAGGCUAUGGGGACCAUUCUUAUUAAUCAGCAGGCCCAGGCUGUGGGGACCACUCUGACCCAUCUCCAGGCACAGGGCAUGGGGACUACCCUUACCCAUCAGCAGGCCCAGGCCCUGGGGACCACUCUGAGCCCCCAGCAGGCCCAGGCCCUGAGGACCACUCUUACCCCUCAGAAAUCCCAAGCCCUGGGGACCUCUCUGACCCUGCAGCAGGCCCAGGCUGUGGGGACCACUCUUACCAAUCAGCAGGCCCAGGCCCUGGGGACCUCUCUGACCCCCCUGCAAGCCCAGGACCUAGGGAUCACUGAGGCCCAGGCCCUGAGGACCACUCUGGCCCCUCACCACACUCAGACUCGGGGGGCCAACCUUACCCCUGACAAGGCCCCUCCUACUCCAGGGCAGCCCCUUGAGCUGGAGGCAGUGAGGCCAAAGCAGGACUUUCCUCAAACUGCCUGGCCACCUCCAGCAAUGAAGGCCCCACUCACUCCCAGGUGGCCUAUUAGAUCUGGAACAACAUCCACCUGGAAAAAGAGCCCGGGUCUCCAUGGUCCUCUCUCUCCUGGCCAGUCCUUGGCUCCUGGGCCGCCUUCCUUCCCUGGAGCGCUCUUGGAGUCUGGACCUUCCUCUGCACAGCCUCCGGCACACCAGCCUCCUGUCUCCACUGGGCAGCCCCCCUCUCUCCAGGCCUCUUCUGCCCUUGCACAACAUCUGGCACCACCGACCCUUCCUGGAGAAACUUCUCCAUCAUGGAUUGCUCCCAGCUCUGGGCAUCCCUCCACAUCAUGGACCCACUCAGCUGCUGGAAUGCCCCAGAAAGGUGUGGCCUCUUCUGGGAGGAAGAAAGGACUGGUAAGGAUUGCUUCCCAGAAAUUGGUCCAACCCAGUCCUCCGGGUUGGAAGAGAGAUCUCACUCCAUUCAUUGCCAGCAAGCCUUCUGCAGAAACCCAAACACCUCGGGAGUCUUCACCCAUGGAGCUUCAGUCCCAUCUCUCCAGCGACAGCAUACCAACAUCAUGCAUCACUUACACCGAUGGGGGGACCCUGCACUCUCUGCAGAAGCCUAAAACAUCACUGCCUUCUCUCGCUCCUCAACUAACACCAGCAUCACAGGUCCCUUUCACUAAUGAGGGGGUCCUGCACACUCGACAGAGGUCGAGAAUGGCCCUGCCUUCCAUCACUCCUCAACUGUCCCCGCCGGCACGGGUCCCUUUCACUAAUGAGGAAAUCCUGCACACUCAGCAGAAGCCUAGAACAUCACUGCCUUCUGCCACUCCUCAGAUAUCCAAGACAUCACAGAAACCUCUUUCUCAGUGGGCCUCGAAAUCCCAAUACCUCUCUCUAGAUAAACCACGGUUCAUGAAGCCAGUUUCAGACAUCAACAAAGACAAAAUGAUGGUGCCCCCUUCCUCUCCCAAAGAGCUUGAAGGGAGGAUGUGUUUUGUUGACGUGGAGACUCAGAGGAAGAACCUGAUGCUAUUGAAUCAGGCCUUAACAACUAAUGGACUCCCUUCCCCGCUCCACACAACAGCUAGGAAUCUCAUCAUCGAGACCCUUCACACAGACCAGGUUCGGCUAGGAUACCUGUUCCACAAGUACACUGCCCACAGGCUGAUCCAGCGCUUCAGAAACUACAUAAUCUGUCGAGUGAAAGCCACCCGAAACACUGGGAAAGGUUAUGAGAUGCAGAAACUCUAUGUCAUGCUGAGCAAAAUUGAUGGCUAUCAGAAAAGAGUGAUGCAUGUCUGGACUGAGAAGCAGAAGCUUCUGGAAGAGAAACGGAAUCAAUGCCUGAGGAAAAUGAUACCUUUAUUUGGCCAGCUCCAAGAGACAUAUAAAUUGAAUCUUAGUCGACCAAUUCCUUUGCACAUCCAUAAAAAGGAGAUACCUUCCUCUAGAGAAUUUGUUCAACAGACAUUCCAACAACAGACAUUCCAACAGCCACCAGCAGACGAGGAUAUGCAACCUGUCAAGAAUAUUAGACACCAAGAUGACCAGAUGGAUGCCAUCUGGAAAACUGAUAUAUGCGAUUCAAGCUACCCAAUAACAGAGAAGACACCAACAAAUAUACCCUGGGACCAGUUGGGUGGAUAUCCAGACAUUCCAAGGCUGCUCGAGUUAGAUAUCCAGUCUACCUUCAGGAAAUCUCUCGCAUCCAUUAAAACACAGUUAGGCUUGGGAGCACCCUGGAAAGUAGGUUUUUCAUCAUCUGGCUUUUGUUUCCCUAACCUUUCUCCUGUGGCACCAGGCAGUUGCCAAAAGUAAGAGUUUGGUGUGUCACAGACAUGAGGAUUUCAUUUCUGAAAAAUAUAAAACCAACCAACCAACCAGACAUCUGCAGAGUCAGCUUAACCCACCGUACUGCAAUGCCAACUCCCAGGGUCAGGCAUUUUAGAUGCAGAAGUUAAGGGGAAGCAGAAUUUCAGAUAUGUUCCUGUGCCACAUCACAGACACAUGAAACAGACUGUCAACUGCAGAGUUUCCAUGCUGAAUCGAAUCAGGAAAAUCUUACCAAAUAGGGUGAGAUCAGGGCUCUGAGAAUGACUGUCUGCCAUUUCUCUUUUCACUCAGCCUGUGUCUCUGUGACUCUUUGGCUCUUGGAAUUUUAUCAUUAAAUCUUUGUUGAAAACUCACAGCUGGCACAUAGUAUGCUACAUCAAAAUCCUUUACUUCCCUAUAUAGGUCUUAGCUGGGGCUUUGCAUUAUUGAAACUAAGUAUAUGAUAAUCUUAAUUUUCAGAUGUUUGCAUUGACUUGUUAGAACAUUUGCCUUCUACUUUAAAAAGCUACUUCAGAUACAAAUUAUAAACUAGAAAGUUGGCUGGUGAGUACAGAAUCAGGGCAGAUACUAAUCAUGGGACAUCAAUAUGACUGGGACUUAAGAUCACGAUUUCGAUUUGUCUCUGCUGCAAGGAUGUACCUGACAUGCACCCUGGCCCUGCAUGCUGCUUGUGGACAACCCGAGACAACUCCCUGAACCUGUCUUGUUCUCAUGCUGACCCGUCUGCCACUGCAUGUCCUUGUUUGCUUUCCUUAAAUAACUGAAAUUAUUUUGUUUUGCUAAAAUGAAAUUUCUUUUUUCAGAAUAUACACUAGGUAUGUUUUAACAAACAACUUUCAGGAAAUACAUAAAAUAUAAGCACGGAAAAAGAAGAAAAACUACAGGCCUUUGGCACAGUAAUUAAGAAGCUGCUUGGGACGCCCCCAUCCCAAAUGCUGGUCACUGGGUUUGAGCUGCAUCUGGAGUUCCAAUUCAGACUCCUGCUAAUGCACAUCCUGGGAGGCAGCAGGUGCUGAUGGCUCAAGUAUCUGGGUCCUUGCCACCCAUGUGGGAGAACAACAUUGAGUUCCCAGCUCCUGAUUUAAGCCUGACCCAGCCUUAGGUUGUUGUGGGCACUGGAGUACUAAAUCAGUCUGUCUCUCUCUCUCUACCUUUCAAACAGAUGAAAGUAAAUAAAUGUUAAAAGCAAAUUUGUCGGGACCAGUGCUGUGGCUCACUUGGUUAAUCCACUGCAGUGACGGCAUCCCAAAUGGAUGCCGGGUUCUAGUCCCGAUUGCUCCUCUUCCAGUCCAGCUCUCUGCUGUGGCUUGGGAGGGCAGUGGAGGGCCUUGGACCCACAUGGGAGACCAGAAAGAAGCACUUGGCUCUUGGCUUCAGAUCGGUGGAGCACCGGCCAUAGUGGCCAUUUGGGGGAUGAACCAACAGAAGGAAGACCUUUCUCUCUGUCUCUCUGUCUAUAACUCUACCUGUCAAAAAAACCCAAAAAGUAAAUUUGUCACUAAAACAUCACUGUAUAGUGAUAUUGUUGUUUUCUCUCCUUCUCCUUCUUAAAGCUUUUUUUAGCCAGCACUGUGUCUACCAUGUAGUUGACAGUAUCUAGCUGACAAUGCAAAACAUUAAUAAUACAUUUAAUUAUUUCGCAUUGCUCUUGAAAAUAGUAGCUGUAUAUACUUAUGCAGUACAAUAUGAUUGUUCAAUAUAUGCAUAUAUUGGGGAAUGAUCAAAUCAGGCUUAGUAUCACAUGCAUCCACAGACACAUCAUUUCUUUGUGGUAUAGAAACUUAAAAUCUACUCUUUCAUGGUAGGCAGUGUGGCACAGCACCUUAAGCUUGGGAUUGCCCACAUCCUAUCAGAAGGCGGGUUUGCGUCCUGGCUAUACUAUGUCAGAAUCCAAUUUCCCACUCAUGUGCCAGGGAAGGUAGUGCAUGAUGGACCACAUGCAUGAGUCCCAAUCCACACCCUUCAGAGGCCCAGAUGGAGUUCUGGGCUUCUGGCUUUGUCCUGGCCAAUCUUCAGCUAUUGCAAGCAUUUGGGAAGUGAAUCACUGGGUAGAAGAUCGCUCAAUCUCUCCUGAUCACUCUACCUUUCAAAUAAAUGAAUAAAUCUUUGACAAAAUUCACAGGCAAUUUUGUGACAUAUGCUACAGAAACUCUGACAAUUAUGUUGUACAAGAGAAUCCUAGGAAUUACUCCUCCUGUCUAAAGAAAACUUUGCAUCCUUUGACAAACAUGUCCCUUCUUCCUGAGAACUCCCUUGCUUCAGUCUCUGGUAAUCAUCAAUCUGCUCUACCGUUAUGAAUUCAACUCUCUGGGUUCCAUGUAUAAGU